CCAAAUUCUGGCUCUCAGAGCCAUCGAUCCUACUUCCUACCACUUUCAUUGAGCUGUGUCAAUCAUGGCAAUAGACUCCGUUAAGCUGGACCUACACGGUCUCCCGCUUGAGACGUUACAGCAGAUAGCAGGUCACCUGAACAGCUCGCAUCGACCGAGUCUUUACGCAUUUGGGUUGGCAAGCGCAAUUUGCUAUCGCGCCACCAUUCCAUUAAUCUUUCACUAUAUCCACCUCACAAUUAGCAGUCGCGAAGCAUUGCAGCGCAACAUCGAUGCUCUUGUCAAGACCCUCUCCCGUACCGAGUCCGCGUGCCACGUCCGCUGUCUCAGCGUCAAAGGCUCUUUCCGGUUAUCUGGCGAAUCCAGGAUCGAGGGGUAUAAGUCCGGCUCGAGGGACCGCUAUAGCUGGUUCGAGGCGACUGGCGUUGACGAAAUCUUGGGCGAUGAAGAACCGUAUAAAAAUUCACCGCAUGUCGUUUACGACGAGCCUGUCAUCGCAAAAUCUUCCGAGGAGGAUCUGGCAUGGGCGUCAGUCGUCGGUUUGAUCAAAACACUGCCACGUCUUACCAAGUUAGUAUACGACUGCCGGAAUCAAUUUCCGCCCAGCCUUCUCGACGCCCUCCACGACCACCAUCCCCAAUGCAAACUCUACCACCUUACAUUUCGAUUUCGAACCCUACUAUGGGGCACCCCCUAUCCUUACGAGAUGGCCUUGGCCACGUCUCCGUGUUUGUAUAGUGUCAAGGUUGAAUGCAGUCGGCGGGAUUCGGAGGGCGACGACGAUUUCAACCAAGAGGCGAUGAUGGAGCUUGUUGCCGGUCUUGCGCCCAACCUGAAAGAAGUUGUGGUGGUGAACCUUACGCCCGAGAACUCGUGGAGAUACUACCGCCGCCUGCGGGAGCCAUGGCGAGGUCUUCCAGGCUUUGUCUCCGGCCGAUCUAUCGGGUCCUUGACCUCGCUGUCGCUACUCGGGGUGGUGGACUUGAGAUCGCCGGGUCUCCUCCAGACUUGGGCCAGGCACACAGACUUCAGCCGCCUGCGUCAUCUGGCCCUGGGCGGAGGUUACGGAUGUGAGACCGUAGGGGUAAAUGACGAGGUGAUGGAGUGGAUCGCUCAGAAUUGCUCGUUCCCUCGAUUAAAGACACUUCGCAUUCGUAUGACACGCGACGAGGAGGACGUUGAGAGACCCAAUUACGCCAAUAACGCCAUUGCCCUUUUGGGGGCAUUCGAGCCUCUCGAUCAGCUUUCGGUGUCCGGCCCAUUCGAGCCCAAGAUCCUGGACGCCAUUCUAUACCAACACGGGCAAACGUUGAAAAAGCUAAAUCUACGUCCGUCCGAGCCAGAAUAUACUCCGGACAACUAUCGAGGUCGACUAGAUAUACCUAUGACAUUCACAAAAGAGCAUGUUCUGCAAAUCCACGCCCAAUGUCCGGCGUUGCAGGAGCUAGCUAUUUCGGUUAAACGUACAAAAUCCGAUACGCUCGAGGCUGAGAUCUACAAGAGCUUCGGCAAGAUGGGACGAUUGAAAUCGCUCUUCCUUACCUUGGACUGUUCUGACUGGCGGGUGACUCGAGACCCCAAUUCGAGAAACGACGCUUCAUUUGAUGCAGCCGAUCGCGAGAUCUGCAAAGGAUCAGGGUUGUUAAAGAAGGGCCAUCUGCGAGAAAUGCUGAUGAACUGCGCGGUGGAUGAGACGCUGGUCCGAUCGAUCUGGGAGACCAUCUGCCAGAGCAAGGCGGGCCAAGAGCUGGAGUCUCUCAAAUUGUGGACUACGGGCGGCGGCCAUUGGGGCAACUACUUAGGUGCCCGUGACAUAUCAGUCGUUGUCAACAAUCUGAGUCGUUCGUGGCUAAUUGAGCGAGUUGCUCGAAGCGAUGAGGAUAUUAUUAACGUUAAGGAACUGGGUCGGAGAGCGAGGGAGGUUUGCGAUCAAGAGGUGACAGAUAGGUAUAAACGGUACGCGGAGUACUUACGGGAGGAAAAAGAUAUUGUGAUGGAGCUAGAGGAUAUAGCGGAAGACUCAGAGAUAAUGCAAGUAUUUCGCCGUAUCUGGCCGCGCAAGAAGGGCAGCAAGGAUUGGCGUGAAGAUUGGUCAAGUCUUCCUCUGCAAGUUUGAUAUUUCUAUAAAUAUUAAUAAAUAUAUUAUGGCCAUUAUGCCGCUAUAAAAUCUUUUCAAAUGCCUCGGAUAUAG